GCUGGUCGUGACUAUCAAGCCUGCAGUUACGACUUCAACGUAACAAUUUCCACUAUCUUAGGCGAAAUCGCCGGUGUCGAAACGUACUGUAGAGGAUACGAGGACGGAAGUCUGUUUAAGAUGUGCCGCCCCCUAGAAGAUGUCAAUAAUGGCGUUGUGGCGAAGUUCCUGCUGCGGAAUGCAAGUGCAGUAGAGUUGGGUCCGAAGAAGAUUGCUGUCAGCUCUGAACUGGGGAGGGUUGGGGAAAGGUGGGCGAAUUGAAA